AAUGGGGGUAAGCAAUGUUCUCCUAGGAUUACUCAAUUCUAUAACCUUGUGCAUUUCAUUACCAUUAAUCUUGGCUGGAUAUUUCUUAAAAGUAACAGCCGAUUCCCCUUGUGAUCCUGUAUUGUACAAGCCUCUCCUUGCACUUGGCCUUUCUUUGCUCGCGGUUUCUCUCAUCGGACUAUUGGGUGCAUGCUGUCGAAUAAAGCUACUCCUGUGGCUGUAUUUGAUCACUUUGUUCAUCGUAAUUGUCGGUUUGCUAGCGUGUUUAUCUGUUGGAAGCGCAGUUGUCAAAGGAAAUGAUCGAGGACAAGAUGUUCUCGGGGGUGGUGUUAAGGAGUACGAACUUAACACUUUUUCAGGCUGGUUGCGGAAUAAUUUGGUGGGCGGUAGUCACUGGGAGGAUAUCAAGUCUUGCAUGAUUAGUCACGAUGCUUGUGGCAAGAUUGAAACUUUUAGGACCCUUAUGGAUUUUGUCAUGCUCAAGCGCUCUAAGCGGACAUCUAUCGAGAUGGGAUGCUGCAAACCACCAGUACAUUGUGGGUACGAGUAUGAAAAUGCAACAAAUUGGAAAGUACCAGCCAAAGGACUAACUUCAGAAGAUCAAGAUUGCAAAAAUUGGAACAAUAACUUUGAGAUAUUGUGCUAUAAUUGUGGAUCAUGCAAAGCUGGAUAUCUUGCUCUAUUCAUGAAGGGUUGGAGAAAAGUCACCAUGCUUAAUGGUGCUCUUCUUGUUGUCCUCUUUGUCGUCUUCGUCAUUGCUUGUUGUGCUCUUAGAGGUUGAUCCAUAUUCCAUAUAUUAUUUGUUCGAGAUUGGUGUUUGAUUGUUUUAUCUGUGGGGAUGAUUGUUUUUAUUACCUUUUAAACCAAUGAAGGUUUUUUAAUUUGGGAUGUUACUUCUUAUAGUGCUUCUCCAUAAUGUGUGAAAGCCCUUGGGAAAAAGGGUUGCAUCCUUAUUGUAGUAAUGGUGAAAAUCCAUGAAAAAUGAGUAUCAUUACAUCUUGAUGUGUUUAAAUCUUUUGUUUUUAUUUCGUAGUUUCAUACAAUUAUACAAGCCAAGGGUUUAAGACACGAUAAGAAAAGUCUAAGAUCUAUUAAGUGAUCUUAAAAUUUGGAUUAUUCAUAUUUUGACUCGUGAUUCCUCAAAAUAUGAUUUUAACACGAGAAAUAUAUGCAAAAACCAAAUCAAAGUUGUUGGAGAUUUAAUUUGACCAAUAUGUUAUCACUUUGAUCGAAG